CUGGUUAACUUCCGGUUCAAGCCUUUGAAAGCACCAGUUUAGCUCUUCAUAACCAAAAAAAAAAACAAUAACAAACAAUACCUUUUGGAAAUGGAUAUACUAAAAGCUGAAAUAGCAAGGAAAAGGAAACUUAUCGAAGAAAAACAGCUUGUUGACGAAACAAAAAAAUGCUUUAAAAGGGCUGAUCUUGCACGCAAGGAAAAAGAGGAAUACUUUAAAAGAUGCGGAUAUAAGGUUCAGACAGGGACUCCUAAGAGCCAGAUUGAUAAGACAGAAGAAAAUGAACCAUCCACUUCAGCUAAUCCAGUGUUGGAGCUUGAAUUAACAGAGGAGAAGCUACCAAUGACUCUGUCACGACAGGAGGUAAUUCGACGGCUACGGGAGCGAGGGGAACCAAUCCGAUUGUUUGGAGAAUCUGAUUAUGAUGCCUUCCAGAGACUCAGAAAAAUUGAGAUCUUGACGCCAGAAGUAAACAAGGGUUUGAGGAACGACCUGAAAGCAGCCAUGGACAAGAUUGACCAGCAGUACCUGAAUGAGAUUGUUGGAGGAACAGAGCCGGGGGAUCCUGACACCCAGCACGACCUGAAAGUCCACGAAGAAAACACCACCAUAGAAGAGCUCGAGACUCUUGGAAAUACCUUGGGCACAGGGGAUGAUAGUGGAGAUCAGGAUGUCAUUGCCAAAUUUUUAAAGUUUCUUCUCGGCGUUUGGGCCAAAGAUCUGAACAGCAGAGAGGACCACGUGAAGCGCAGCGUUCAUGGAAAGCUAGCCACUGCAACACAUUCACAGACUGAGUCUUACCUUGAGCCUCUCUUUAAAAAGCUCAGGAAGAAGAAUUUACCAUCUGACAUCAAAGAGUCAAUCACAGACAUCAUUAAGUUCAUGUUGGAGAGGGAAUAUGUUAAAGCAAAUGACGCGUACCUACAGAUGGCUAUUGGGAAUGCUCCCUGGCCUAUUGGCGUGACUAUGGUGGGUAUCCAUGCACGUACUGGACGAGAAAAGAUCUUCUCCAAACAUGUGGCCCAUGUUCUCAAUGAUGAGACGCAGAGAAAAUAUAUUCAGGGUCUGAAGAGGCUAAUGACCAUCUGCCAGAAGCACUUCACAACUGAUCCAUCAAAGUGUGUGGAGUACAAUGCUCUUUAAGAUGGGAAUUUAGCUAACCUCUGGAUGGGAGCCCAUUCAGUCCAAAUGCCUUGGAGUUCUUUUCACACCAGCUCAUUCAAUUUUGUUAGGACUGAAUAGCAUUUGAUACAGGAACUUUCAGAUGUGUGUGUAUCUUUAAGAGUGUUACUGUUAUAGAAAAUCCACCAGUUAAAACAUGACUUGAGUGAGUAAAGGUCAACAAUAUAUGGGCAAAAUUAUACCAGUUUCAACUGUUGUAACACAUAUAGCACAUGUUUCCUUUAUUUACUGUUUUUUUUUUCCUUUUGGAAUGAGAAGACAGUAUUUAAAUGUUGUGCUGCAUACGUUUUCAGUGAGUUAUUUUCUUGUGGUGGUACACAAAAAGUAAUUUGUAAAGCUAAAUGGAAGUAGUGUAAGUUUUAUUACACCUGAGACAGUAAAUGAAUAUUAAACAUGUAAUACUUUCUACUGGUAAAUCUCUGUACAUUUUGAGCAAAUAUGAACCCUUUCAGUGUAUACCUGUACCUUCUUAGUGAGAGAAGAGAGUUGAUUUUUUUUUUUUUUCCAUUUUGAGAUACAUUCUGCUCCGUAAUUGUCAAGAUUUUCGCUUGUGUCCUGCAUCUGAGUUACUGAAUGGAACUAUUUUUAGUCACCAAUGUCUGUUUAGUCAAUUUGAAUCAUGAGACAAUAAAGGACUCACCACUGCAAUCUGCUGUACUACCUGGGAAUUCAUGAGUAAGACUUUAACCAGUCGUAAACAACUAAACAAAAGUGUUCUUUCAUGUUCAAGGAUGACUUGAUAAAAAUUCUAAGAAUUAUUAAAGCUGAAAAUAA